GAUACUAAGUAGUUUAAUGCUGUGUGUUUCUGUGUUUAAUCUUAAUUUUUAUUAGUGUGCGAUCAACCGAAAUUUGAAAAUAAAUCGGUUGUGAAAAAUAUUGAGCUAUUGCCUUUCUACGAGUGUAUUUAGGCAACGGUAUGUAUGUAAAUGCAUAUGACGAUAUGUACAAUUAUAAAUUAUAUCUGAAUAUUCAUAAAUUCAAAUAAGAAACGAAAAAAUGUGAGCGAAAACCCCCCGAGUUGUAAAUAUAAGAAAUCGAAUAAGAAGGAAAGUGUAAUCAAAGAAAGAAAGCAGAAGGUUUUAACUACACAUAAUUUAAAAAAAUUAGUUCAGUUGGUUCAUCGUUGCAGUUGCGUUAACAUGGCAAACGAACGAAUACUUUCCGUGUUAUUAGUAGUUUUAGUGGUCCUGGCUCUUUGUGUCCACGCCCAAAAGCAGGAGGGUGGUAAGCGUCAAAAGGGACAAAAACAACAGCAACAACAACGUAUAGAGCAAACGCCGAUUCCAAAACCUAAUAGUCCAACAAAGGUCCGAAAAAACAGUUAUGUGACCAAAGACAUUCCGGGACUGGGACGAGUCCGCGGUCGUACAUUUAAAACUGAAUGGUCAGGCAAAUCCAUAAUGCAAUUUCUCGAUAUCCCGUACGCAAAAGCUCCUGUUGGUACACUCCGUUUUAAGCCUCCAGUGCCGGCAGAUCCAUGGCAGGGAGUUUUAAAUGCUCAUAAAUCACACGUUGGCUGUCCUUCUUUGCAAAAUUUGUACAAUUUGGAUAUUUGGCGAAAGAAGAAAAUUGAUUUCGAAAACUGUCUGCGAUUGAGUAUCAGCUCAAAAUUUCUCAGUGAUAAGUCACCCGUCAUGGUUUACAUUCAUGGUGACUUCCUUUAUGACGGCAGCAGCGGUCAAGCUACUCCUGGCUAUUUGCUGGAAGAAGAUGUUGUAUUGGUCUCGAUUCGCUAUCGCUUGGGUCCAUUUGGAUUUUUGUCUACAAUGAGUGACGAAAUUCCCGGAAAUGCGGCGGUGCACGAUGCAAUUUUAGCUCUUAAGUGGAUUCAGAAUCACAUUUCAGCUUUCGGUGGCGAUCCCACACGUGUUACGCUUUUUGGCCAAGUGGGUGGAUCAGCACUGAUCAAUGUGUUGACUAUGAGUCCCGUUGUUCCGGAUGGUCUAUUUCAUCGAAUUAUUUAUCAAUCUGCUUCGGCUUUAACACCCGCCUUCAUCACCGAUAAUCCACUGCCGGCGGCCAAAGAUAUAGCUGAGUACGCCGGAUGCAAAAAACUGAACAAAGUAGAUGCACUUAAUAAGUGUUUGCGAAAACUGAACACGACAACGUUAUUGACCGCAUUCAGUGUGCAUGGUGAUGCUAAUGCCCAUUUGGGAAUCGGUAGUUACGGAGGGGUGCAAAUUGUAAUCGGUGGUCCGUCGGGCAUACUACCAAAGCAUCCAGGGGAACUAUUAGCGUCACAAGACUUCAAGGCCUACCCUACGCUUGGUGGCAGUGUCAAAAAUGCAGGCACUUUUUUGCUAAAAGACAUCUAUAUCGAUAAUUUUAAUGAGACAAUUAUUGAUGAUAAACUCGACGGCAUUGGCUACAUUGACCACAUAAUAGCCCAGAGUAAUGGAGCUGAUCCAACAGGUGCUUGGAAGAAAUUUGCUAUCGAAGAGAUAUUCACUCCUGGAGAGAUAAAGAACGGCUCAUUCUAUACGCUCGUUCCAGGGCUGAUUGAUAUGUGCAGCACCAUACCGUUUAAGAAUCCUGUUUUACUGACGCUACAAGCUAAUGCAAAGAAACUUGCGAACAGGACAUAUCUGUAUUCAUUCGAUUAUGAUGGCGAGCUUAAUCGUUAUUCUAAUAGCGCAGAAGCAUACGAAUUGACGCCUUUUGAACUAGGAGUGUCCCUUACCGAUGAUAAUUUAUAUCUUUUCCCUUGGCCGCGACAUAGUCAUCUAAAUCUAAAUCGUGACAUUAAAAUUGCGAAGCGUAUGGUUGCCUACUGGACUUCAUUUGCAGCCAAUGGAGUGCCAAUGGCCCCGAAUACACCGGCUUGGCCGGCUAUGACAGAAGAAACGGGUCCCUACUUAAAAAUUGGCAAAACUGUAACAAUUGGAUAUAAUUAUCUUAAAGAAUAUACAAUCGCCGUUAAAGAGGCACGAUUGGGAUACAACCUUGUAAAUGAAGAAUUCUUUGAUAGUUUAGUAGAUAUUACUGAGACUGCAAAAGAAGUGACGGAUGAAGAGGAUGCCCAAGAAGAUGAAUAUGAUAAAAGUGAGGCAAACGAAAGAAAAUUUGACUUUGUACUUGUCGCAAAGAAAGGUACUGUCUAAGUUAAAAAGUAGUGAGAAUGUAUAAACAAAUGUACAUACACGCUAAGGUAUGCUGAGAUUAAAAUGCCCCUCUGUUUGGUAUAUUUGUAUAUGGGUGAUAUAGGUUUUCUUAAAUAUUUAUUUAACUUAUUAUUUAGAAAUAAACUCAUUUUGAUAUUCAAACAAAUGAAAAUCUUGAAUCAUUAUAUCCAACAAUUA